GUCGAGUAGCCAAUCGGAGGAGGCCAACACAGGCGCAAAGAAAGGGGAAAAGGAAGUUUAGUUGCCGCCAUUUCACGUGAAAGCCGCGCGGUAGGGAUGACGACUAGUGCAAAACAAUUAAAAACACCAGCUAGAAUUUGAACCAAAUUCGCCAAUUGGAGAUUUAUAAACUAACAGUAACCGGUUACUUAACAAUAGGGCCUAACGAGUUUCGACUUAACAGUCCGUCUGUCUUGCUAGGAGACGAAAAAAAUGAGCUACGGAAGGGCGCCGCCAGACGUUGAGGGUAUGACCUCCCUAAAAGUGGACAACCUGACUUACCGAACUUCGCCGGAGACUCUGCGCCGAGUUUUUGAGAAGUACGGCCGUGUGGGAGAUGUGUAUAUCCCCCGAGACAGGUACACCAAGGAGAGCCGCGGGUUCGCCUUUGUGCGGUUCCUCGACAAGCGCGACGCCGAGGACGCCAUGGACGCUAUGGACGGAGCGCUGCUUGACGGGCGGGAGCUUCGGGUGCAGAUGGCCCGCUACGGACGACCUCCGGACUCCAUGUACAGCAGGAGAGGUGCUCCGCCACGCAGAUACGGAGGCGGGUACGGCGGACGCAGAAGCAGGAGCCGUUCAGGAAGCCCUCGUCGCCGCAGACGCAGCCGCUCCAGGAGCAGAAGCCGUUCCCGAUCCAGGAGCCACCACCACUACAGCCGCUCCAGGUCUCACUCUGACUCCAGAUCCAGGUCCAAGUCUAAAUCCAAGUCCAGGACCCCCAGACGGAGCAAGACAAAGUCUCCCUCCAGGUCUCGGUCCUCCAAGUCAAGGAGUCGAACCCCGCCUUCCAACAGAGGGUCCAAAUCCAGGUCCCGCUCCAAAUCCAAGAGUAGGCCUAAAUCUCCAGAGGACAGCGAGGCAAUGACUUAAUCCAGACAUGGACACAACAUGACGGUAUUCAUGGGAAAGGGUGGAUUAUAUUAUUUGCUUCAAAUAUAUGAGAUGGCUAUCUGUCAUCACUUGGGUUAUUAUUCUGCAGGCUUGGUGCUAUGUAACAGUCAUUUGCACACAAGCAACAAAGUCUGCAGAAUCCUGAAUCUUUUAUUUAAAAUAAGAUUGGGACUGAUGUAGUCCACAGUCCUAGUUCUGUGUGUCCUUUACUUUGCGUGUACGUUCAGCAAAUCCAAAGCACACACAGACAUGAGAUUUGGGUUAAUGUGACCUAAAAUAUAUUUUAAAAUGGGAAUGUAUGGGAGGGUUCUUAACUCAAAACGUUCACCUAAAUGUGGAAUUCUUUCCUCCAAGCUGCUGAGUCCUGUUUGCAAAGAGAGGAGGAGGAGGAGGAGAUGGGGGUGUGGCAGUGUGAGAGCAGUUAGUGUGUGACCCGCCCAUGUGACCUGCCUGUUGCUGAGAGCGAUGGCAGUUGCUAAGAAGCAGGUCACCAAGGCAACGGUGGUUGCUAUGGAGCAGGUCGUCAUGGCGGUGGUUCGGGCUGUCAGUUGGUGUAUGAGGUGGUGUGGUGAGGUACGUUCGCGGGAAUCACAGGCAGAUGCACUGAGCACUGUUCCCACCUGUGCCUGUGGGUUCCUCCGCCUCUCACAAAGGGAACCGAGGUUUGUUUUUCAAAUUCGCCCGAGUGUAAGAGUCUUGUUAGAGCUAGUUUUUGGGGUGAGGGGGAGGGGCAAGAGUGGUGUGUAAAUAGAAAAUGUGAAGAUUCCUAGAAAUGUUAGGUAUAAUACAUGAAGAUGGAUGCCCAGAAAAAAAAAUGCAGUUUGAUAAAUGUUAGUUUCAGGGGAAAGAAGAUCAGACCAGUACUGUAUUUAAAUAAUCCAGGUCAGUUGCAGGAGUUGAGUCAUUUUGGUUUGCUCUUUUUAACUCUGUUCUGUCUUUCCUUCCAGAUCUCAGAUGAUUGAGCCUUUGCUGAGGACAUCAGGAAGAGUCUCACAUUGAGCAAGUGGACUCCACUAUUACCACUGAAUGCAGACUGAAAGGUUAUUGGAGUUUGGUCUAAAAUGUUUUAAAUUUGACUUAAGUUAACAUAAACAAAUUCUGUGACUUUGAUGUGAUCAUUGUUUGUAAAGUUGAGCUUUUUGAAAAGAAUUUAGAUUUUUUUUUUUUCUCAAUUAAAUUGGGUUUUUUAUACUUUGAUUACAUGUGUACUUUUAUUUUAUUUUUUAAAUUACCAUAGAUUUAUUUUAAUAAAAUCCCUUGUUUAACACUUUCUAGAUGGAUAAGAGUUUUAUUUGCAGGGUGUCAUGUUGGAUGUUCAAAGCCUUGACAGCUAUGUUAUACCACUCUUUUUUUUUUUUUUUUUUUUUUUUUUUUCUUUUGAAAAAUGCCCUACUGUUUAGUGACAUAAAAGCAAAACCUUAAUAUCGCUAUGCCACUUCAUUUGUAAUUUGCUAAUCCAGCAGCAUACAUUUUCUUUUCUGUCGUCAAAUCUCUAUUUUCUGUCUGGUUAAAGUUGCUUUCCUAUGACUCUAACCCUCUUUCUUGUGUAUCUUUUGUGCACUAGGCGCAGUUGUGUAGCAGUUGAGUAAUGCUGGUUAGCUGUUAAGAUGCGGUGCGGUGGUGACAUGGUGUGGCGUGUUGCGGUGCUGAGUGCCCGGCCCUGUUCCGGGGCUCGACCCUCCGCUGCCGUUUGCUGGUUUGUAAGCUCACAGGUGUGGCAGAUCAUCCAUCCUCUCCUGUCUUGUGACCUCUCCUUCCCUCCAUGUGCUGUACAGAUUAUUUCCUCCUUUCUUUUUCUCUGUAUUCUCCAUCCUCUUCUCCUCUGUAGUUUAUCCACUUUUGAAAACUGAUUUAGCUUGCUUUUUUGAAAUUGGGUCCAGUGUGACUCCUAGUGAAGGGUUUAAAGGGCAGUCCAGGCUGCCUAACGAAUUAUUUUUGUGUAUUUCAUUCCUCUGUGAACCUCUCAAAUGUCUUGUAAUUGCUUUAGGUGAAUGCUAAUAAACAUCUUUGUUGUUCAAGUCAA